UCUGUUAGUCCCGGUCUUCUUCUGCAGUCCAGUCAACUGCCAACCCCAAAGACACGCCAACAUCUUCUUCAUGUUCCAUUUCCCACAAAUUUCCUUGCCCCCAACCGAACACAAAGCCCAAGAAUCAAGAACCCGUCUCACACUCUCAAGUACAGUAGUAUAUUUUCACUUUCCUUUCACCUGAAACCAAGUACUAGGUACUAUAUAUUACUCCAAUACAUGCAUAUACAUCUAAUAGACCAAAAACCAAAAAAAAAGUUCAGAACCAACAAUUCCCAGCUCGUAGCUAAAAUGAACAGAUAUGAGAAAAGCACCCUUUUGUUCCUUUUCUUCUUAUUAUUCUGUCCUAUGGUUUUCUGUCAACUAUCCUCAAAGCAAACCACCAUCAUGUUUAAUGUUUCUAAGCUCAUCAACAAGGCUCACUUAUGGGAUAUUACCAAAGCCCCAUGUUCGUGGCAAGGAGUUACGUGUAGCUCAGGGAAUUCCUCCGUAACCAAAAUAUCAUUAUCUGGGAUUUCUCUCAAUUCUUCAGACUUUCUACCUCAGCUUUGCCAGAUAGAUUCUUUGGAGAGUCUCGACCUCUCCAAGUGCCAACUGCAUUCAAUCCCAAAUGAAUUCAUCACAGCUUGUGGUAAGAUUGAUGGGCUCAAACUCUUGAAUUUUAGUGAAAAUAGAUUGUCUGGUUCUCUGCCUACUUUUCUUGGUUUUGUUGGGUUGGAGUUCUUAGACUUGUCUUUCAAUACGUUUUCUGGAAACAUUAGCUUACAGUUAGAUGGAUUGGUUUCCCUCAAAAGUUUAAAUCUUAGUGCCAACCGUUUCACUAGCCUUAUUCCUAAGAACCUUUCCUUGGUUUUGGAACAGCUUCAGCUCUCUGUGAAUGAAUUCCAUGGUACGAUCCCAGAUCGAAUCAUGAAUUGUUUGAAUUUGACUUUGAUUGACCUAAGUCAGAAUAGGCUUUCUGGUACUGUUCCUGAUAGUAUUGAAAAUCUCGCUAAAUUGGAAAUUUUGAUUCUGUCUUCCAAUAACUUUAUUGGAAAAAUUCCAAAAGGCCUUUCAUCUAUCACAACCCUUUCACGUUUUGCAGCCUAUCAAAACCACUUUGAUGGUACAAUUCCUAGUGGUAUUACAACAAACCUCAGGAACUUAGACCUUAGUUUUAAUAAUUUAAGUGGGUCGAUUCCUUUAGACUUGUUGUCACCACCAAAAUUGCAGACUAUAGAUUUGUCUUAUAAUUUGUUGACCGGACCUAUACCUUCAAAGAUAUCUGCAAAGUUGAUCAGGCUGAGAUUGGGAAGCAAUUAUCUUAAUGAGACAAUCCCUUCAUCAACAUUUGGAACACUUCAGAAUUUGGUGUACUUGGAGCUGGAAAAUAAUAGCUUGACUGGGUUAGUACCUCCGGAUUUGGGUUCUUGCCCGAAUUUGGCACUGUUGAGUUUGGCAGUGAAUAACCUGACUGGAACAUUACCGAUACAGUUGGGUAAUCUUAGCCAUCUUCAAGUUAUGAAGCUUCAAUCCAACAAGCUGAUUGGAGGAAUCCCAAUUGAAAUUACUCAACUCCAGAAAUUAUCAAUAUUGAAUAUCAGCUGGAAUUCGCUGAGUGGUUCAAUACCUUCUACAAUUUCAAACUUGGGAAACCUUACCAAUUUGAACUUACAAGGCAACCAAUUCAGUGGUCCAAUACCCGACACUAUUAGCAGAAUGAAUUCUCUGAUAGAACUCCAGCUUGGAGGAAACCAACUCAAUGGUAGGAUUCCAAAUAUGCCAGCAAAGUUGCAGAUAGCUUUAAAUCUCAGCAGCAACAACCUUGUAGGGAGUAUUCCAAUGACUCUUUCACAACUUACUGGAUUAGAAGUUUUGGAUCUCUCAAACAAUAGCUUAUCAGGAGAGAUACCAUCAUCUCUAACUACAAUGACGUCUUUAACACAGUUGAUACUUCGUAACAAUAUGCUCUCUGGGGUUUGUCCAAAAUUUAAUCCACAUGUAAUGCUCAAUGUAAGUGGAAAUCAGGAGCUUAUUGUGAUGAAUGACACAAAUCAGACACCAUCAAUCACACAACCAGCCAAAAAGGGAAAAUCAGUCGCUACAGCAUUAUUAAUUGGGUUUGCAGUGGCUCUUUUUGCUGUUUUGGUAGUAACAUGGCUUGCCAUAUCAAUCUCAAGGCGCUAUUACAGGGUUAAUGAUGAACAAUUACAAUCACCAGAAGAUCUUCCGCUUCCUCAGGUCCUCCAAGGCAAUAUAUUAACUGCAAAUGGAAUCCACAGAUCAAAUAUCGACUUCACCAAAGCUAUGGAAGCAGUUGCUAACCCAUCAAACAUCACACUGAAGACUAGGUUUUCUACCUACUACAAAGCUGUCAUGCCAUCCGGAUCAAGCUACUUUGUCAAGAGGAUUAACUGGAGUGACAAGAUAUUCCAGUUGGGCAGCCACGAUAAAUUCGGGCAUGAGCUGGAGGUCUUGGGGAAACUAAGCAAUUCAAAUGUCAUGACUCCUCUAGCCUAUGUUUUGACAGUCGACAAUGCUUAUCUGUUCUAUGAAUAUGCACCCAAGGGCACCCUUUUUGAUGUUCUUCAUGGUAGCUUGGGAAAGGCUUUGGACUGGGCCAGCAGAUAUAGCAUUGCAGUUGGAGCUGCUCAGGGUCUGGCUUUUCUGCAUGGAUUCAACUCCUGUCCAAUACUACUUCUUGACCUAUCAAGCAGAAACAUCAUGUUGAAGACCCUCAAGGAACCUCAGGUCGGAGACAUCGAGCUCUGUAAGGUGAUUGAUCCCUCAAAGAGCACUGGAAGCCUUUCUAUGGUUGCUGGCUCUGUUGGCUAUAUUCCCCCAGAGUAUGCUUACACAAUGAGGGUAACAAUGGCUGGGAAUGUUUAUAGCUUUGGGGUCAUACUUCUGGAAUUGCUGACAGGAAAGCCGGCUGUUAGUGAGGGAACCGAGUUGGCCAAAUGGGUUUUAAAUAACUCAGUCAAGCAAGAUAAAUGGGAUCACAUCCUUGACUCUAAUGUCAGUAGAACAUCACUUGCCAUUAAAAGUCAGAUGCUUGCAGUCCUGAAGGUUGCUCUUGGUUGUGUGAAUGUGUCACCAGAUGCAAGGCCCAAGAUGAAGAGUGUGCUACGAAUGCUCCUCAAUGCAAGAUAAAGCAUAGCCCCAUGAGAUAAAUCAUCUCUAAAAAUGAAGUUCUAUACACAGUUUCCACUAUAAUAUUGUAAAAAGGAAAAGCUUCUCUUUCCAUACAAGAUAUGGAAACAUUUUGAAGUCAACCUGCAUGUAGAAGUAGGAAAUUUAUAGUUUUUUUUUUUUUUUUUAAUUCCUUUUGCCUCGGCAUUAUGCUCCCUUAUAAUGUAUAAUAGAUAUAUAGCAAGUAUGGCUUUGAGAUUGACCAAUAGUUUUACUUC